ACACAUUCCAACGAGUUUCAUGACUAAGUGUAUAAAUUCUAUGUAAAUAAUUUAUCGAAAAAGGAGCACUGAAUGAUUAGUCAUCUCACACGUACGACUCCCUCUGCAAAUAUUAUUGUACCAAUCCAUAAACCUGUCACCCAAGCUCUGUCUCUGCGUACAAAAACAAGUGAAUGCAUUCCACGGAUAAUCUCUCUCUCUCUCUCUCUCUCUCUCUCUCUCUCUCUAAAAGUUUGUUGAACAGCAUAUAAAACAAGUACACUCCACUACUGGUGUUUUGCAACUUUUCUCUCUUUUCAUAUUCCAUGUGUUAUGUGUACAAGUUUGUUACCCUGUUCUUUGAUUUUCUUUUUUGCAUAGAGAAAUCAAACGUUGGGAAUUGAUAGAAGUUCCGUUAUUCCCCUGAAGCGACCUCAAACCGAUUCUACCCGCUAUAAUCAAUCAAUCAGUCAGUCAAUCAAUCCAACUGCACUAGGUGUAUUGGCCUUCUAUGGCUCAACAGCAGGAAGAUGGGUGGCCACUGGGACUGCUGCAACCAAUGAACGCAAGAGUAAUAGGGUUGGCCAGAAACCAUGACCGAAACGGAUCCAUUUCCUUCAGCACUUUGAUCACUGGUUCUCCCCCCACCUCCUCCACCGAUUCUACUUCCGAUCUUGAUUCACAGUCCACCGGUUCUUUCUUCCGCGACAGAAGCAUCACUCUGGGGAGCCUCAUGGGUGUUUCGAGCAUCCUAGAGCUCUCGAGAAGAUCGAUGAGGGGAAGACCAUCCGAAAACCUAAGGGGAAAAAAGAAUAGCAAAUCAAAGCCAUGGUUAUUCUCACUCUGUUCGAAGCUGAACACUGAUGCUGUUAGCAUGAGCAAUGGUACCCCAUCACUUGCUCACUUUCUUGAGUCAGAAAGGAGAGCCGCCACGACUUACCGGAGGAAUCCUGGCCCACUCGCCUACGGGCCUGAUGGUUUUUCUCAAGAUCCAAACUCGCUGCUUGUUAGCGGCCAUAUCGCUCCUGCUCAGUCGAGUUCAUGGUUGGAUUCAAAUGGUGAAAGAAGAUCAAGCAGAGACCUAUUUGAGAAUGGCAAUGGGUAUGGAGCUCCUCUGUUACUCUCAUGCCUAUGUGGGCAGCUUAUUGAAUGAUCACUUCUCACCAAAAACAGUUUGUUCCUUCAUUUGAAAGUUGAGCACGAUGUUCGCGAUCAGCUCCUCUCCAUACUAUAUCCCUCCAUACCCAUCCAAACUCUCACUUAUGCGUCUAUUCUGAACUCAACCAUGAUUCGAACCGUUGAUCUCGAAGAGCCCGUGAAAGGAAUAUCCCACACAAGAUCAAGUUGAUGUAUCACCGAUAGGCAUUGCAGCAAGUUGCAUUUCUUCUCUGAAAUAGACCGUUUGAAUUUAAAAUAUAUUUGCCGUCCGUUUUACAAGACACAGGACAAAAUGCAAGUUAUUCACGUACCUAUCAUUAUCUGAUCAAAUUGAUUUUUUACAUCACAUUUUGGAGAACAUAUCAUGUAUUGGGUGCCUGAUUGUUUAUUUGUGAUUUCA